GAGGAGCCGGGCGGCGCGGGGCGGGGCGGCGUCCGGCCCAGCCAUGGCGGACGAGGGCCCUCGGAAGGGCAGCGUCUCGGCUCUCAUGGGCCGCACCAACGGCCUCACCAAGCCGGCGGCGUUGGCCGGUGGCCCCGCCAAGCCGGGGGGCACGGGCGGCUCCAGGAAGCUGGUCAUCAAGAACUUCCGAGACAGGCCGCGGCUGCCUGACAACUACACUCAGGACACGUGGCGGAAGCUUCACGAAGCGGUCAAGGCCAUCCAGAGCAGCACAUCCAUCAGGUACAACCUGGAGGAGCUGUACCAGGCUGUUGAAAAUCUUUGUUCUCACAAAGUCUCCCCAACGCUGUACAAGCAGCUGCGCCAGGUCUGUGAAGACCAUGUCCAGGCCCAGAUCCUCCCAUUCAGAGAAGACUCACUAGACAGCGUUUUAUUUCUAAAGAAGAUUAACACAUGCUGGCAAGAUCACUGCAGACAAAUGAUCAUGAUCAGAAGCAUCUUCCUGUUUCUGGAUCGCACCUACGUCCUCCAGAAUUCCAUGCUGCCUUCUAUCUGGGACAUGGGCCUAGAGCUGUUUAGGAACCACAUCAUCAGCGACAGGAUGGUGCAGAGUAAGACCAUUGAUGGGAUCCUGCUGCUGAUUGGGCGUGAACGAAGUGGAGAGGCUGUGGACAGGAGCCUGCUUCGGAGUUUGUUAAGCAUGCUCUCAGAUCUCCAGGUGUACAAAGACUCAUUUGAGCUGAAGUUCUUGGAAGAGACUAACUGUCUAUACGCUGCUGAAGGCCAGAGGCUGAUGCAGGACAGGGAGGUUCCAGAAUACCUUAACCAUGUGAGCAAACGUCUAGAAGAGGAAGCCGACCGAGUGAUCACCUACUUAGACCACAGCACACAAAAACCGUUGAUUGCCUGUGUGGAGAAGCAGCUGUUAGGAGAACAUUUGACAGCAAUUCUGCAGAAAGGGCUGGAGCACUUGCUGGAUGAGAACAGGGUGCCCGACCUCACCCAGAUGUACCAGCUCUUCAGCCGGGUGAAAGGAGGGCAGCAUGCGCUGCUACAGCACUGGAGCGAGUACAUCAAGACCUUUGGGACAACCAUUGUCAUCAAUCCUGAGAAAGACAAAGACAUGGUCCAAGACCUGCUGGACUUUAAGGACAAAGUGGACCACGUGGUGGAGGUGUGCUUCCAGAGGAACGAGCGCUUCAUCAACUUGAUGAAGGAGUCCUUCGAGACGUUCAUCAACAAGAGACCAAACAAGCCUGCAGAGCUCAUUGCCAAGCACGUGGACUCAAAGUUACGGGCGGGCAACAAAGAAGCCACAGAUGAGGAACUGGAGAGGAUCCUGGACAAGAUCAUGAUUCUCUUCCGUUUCAUCCAUGGUGAGGAAGGAGGGGCUGUGCGGCCAGACNAGCGUGCAUUUAGAGGGNAAAAUGGUCCCCGAACUCGGAAGUAGUACCGAGCCCCGAAA